UCUUUUCAGAGAAAGUCUCCACAAUCUGGGUCCUCAACACAAUUGUUGGUCUCCAUACGUUUCUGAUGACAUCCCAUUAAAAAAGGAGGGGCACAUAAUUUUUCAGCACACAGCUGUGGAAGCAUUGAAGAAAAUGGCGAAGUUGCAGGAUUGCCCAUUCCAACAAGGGAAAGUCGCCCAGCAGAAAGUUAUAGAUGAAAAUGGGCUCCUGUUUCCGAUGGUUCUGUUGCCCCAGGAGGUGAGCGAUGAAGGAAACAGCUUAGAAUCGUUUCUCCACACCAUACAAAGCAACAGAGAAUGGAUCAACGAUCAUCUGAAGAAGGUGGGGGCGUUGCUUUUCAGGGGAUUUCCUCUGAAAUCUGCAUCAGAUUUCAACGCCGUUAUGGAGGCUUUUGGUUGGGACGAAAAGCCAUAUUUGGGAGCAGCUUCAAGAACUAGGGUUGUGGGAAGGGUUUUUACUGCAAAUGAAGCUCCUCUGGAGCAACCCAUCAAAUUCCACCAUGAGAUGGCUAUGUUUGAGGACUUUCCAACCAAAUUAGCUUUUUAUUGUGAGAUUGCUCCACCAGAAGGAGGGCAGACUGCCAUUUUAUUAAGCCAUAAGAUUACUGAAAGAAUGGGAGAGAAACACCCCGAAUUUGUAAGCAAACUUGAGAAAGAAGGGUUGAUUUAUUCAACCAUGUGUCCUGCAGAAGAUGAUCCUAACAAUUUCUUGAGAGGAUGGCAAACGUUGUACAAUACCAAGGAUAAGGAAGAAGCUGAAAGAAAGGCUAUCGAUUCUGGGUUAAAAAUGUCAAAGGUGAGUUGGGAUGGGAACAAGAUGAUCUUUCAGUUAGAACCCAUUGCUUCUAUCAGAAUAGUAGAUGGGGAUAAGAAAGCUUGGUUCAAUCUCUUGCCAUUGAGUGGUCUAGAGCAUGCCCCUUCACUAGGAGAUGGGUCUGUGAUUCCUAAAGAGGUUGUUGAAUCAUGCCUCCAAAUCGUCGAGGAGGAGGCAAUAGAAGUGAAAUGGGAAGUUGGUGAUGUGGUUGUGUUGGACAAUAGGUUUAUAAUGCAUGCAAGAAGGCCUUCUAAACCACCUAGAAGAAUACUUGCUUCCUUCUGCAACUAAUGUAAAUCAUGCUUUCUUCAAUUAGACUAUAUUUGUGUUGUUUAUGUUGUUAUAGAUGGAAGAUUCUAAGUUAGAAAUUCCUUAUGUUUAUUUUUUUUGCUUUAUGCACCCUGCAAUAUUGGGUUUGUUUAGAGAUGAAUCAAACUUUGAACCAUAUAUAUUUGUCAAUAUAAUGGAUUAUAAUGGAUUUUGAUGUGUCGAAA